GGAAGGCGGUUCAAAGGUUAAACUGAAAUUGGUUCCGGAGUAGCUGGGGUCAUACAUAGGGGCAGUUAAACCUAAAAGAUUUCAAAAUGCUGUUACGUAGGGUGUUGCACAUCGGAGGGUUGACACUGAAACACAGCAGGUCCAUUCACUGUAGUCCUGUAUGGAAGAGUCCUCUUAUACCUAUAGUUGUGGAGCAGACAGGGAGAGGAGAACGAGCAUAUGACAUCUAUUCUCGCCUCCUGAGGGAGAGGAUCAUUUGUGUAAUGGGCCCUAUUGAUGAUUCUGUAGCCAGUCUGGUUAUUGCUCAGCUUCUCUUCCUACAAUCAGAAAGCAAUAACAAACCCAUCCACAUGUACAUCAACAGUCCUGGCGGUGUUGUGACAUCAGGUCUGGCUAUUUACGACACUAUGCAGUACAUCCUUAAUCCCAUCUCCACCUGGUGUGUUGGCCAGGCAGCUAGCAUGGGCAGCUUGCUUCUGGCAGCAGGAACAACAGGGAUGAGGCAUUCACUGCCCAAUGCACGCAUCAUGGUUCACCAGCCUUCAGGAGGUGCAAGGGGUCAGGCUACAGAUAUCGCCAUCCAGGCUGAGGAGAUCCUGAAACUGAAGAGACAGAUCAAUAACAUCUAUGCCAAACACACGGGGCAACCGCUGGAAACUAUUGAGAGUGUGAUGGAAAGGGAUCGCUACAUGAGUCCAAUGGAGGCACAAGACUUUGGUCUCAUAGACCGAGUCCUGGUCCACCCACCCCAGGCAGGCCAGGAUGAGCCUGAGCUGGUGCAGAAAGAGCCAGCAGCAACAGCCAGUUCCUCUCCAACUCCUGAGUCUCCAGGUCCUGAGCAGGCAUCCCUGGGGACAAAUCCUCCCUCCUCAUACAAACCUGAGCCAUGAACCCACCAUAACAGAGCUGUCUGAGUUCUGCAAGCACUUCUUGGGGAUUCAGUGGCUGACAGUUCCUGAGAGCAAGACCCAUCCUCUGGUGGGUUUCUCUUGUCUUGAAGUAGCCUCUUUCUUCCCCCUAGAGUAACAACACUAUGCAGUCUACACAUGUGCAGGCACCAUGCUGGUGCUGUGCUUCAUGCACAGUGAUCAGUGACAUAUCUUUACAUGAAGUGAAUUCAUUGUUGGAUACAGUUUUGUUUUUAAUUAUCUGUGAGACUUUCAUACCUGUGAUCUAUGAAAUAAAAGUUGAAGAAAUUUAGCAUUGUUAUUUACAAAAACAAAUAUAUUAUACAUUUUGCUUUUGUAAUUUAUUUUUGGACUCCACACAAGUUUUUCAAUACUAAACCCUGAGGGAAAGUGUUGUUUCAGUUGAGUUAACCUUAGUGCUUGCAGUGUAAAUGCUAAAGGUUGAGUUACUCUACACAGUUUUUUGGGGGGAAGGGGAAGCCUGCUAAGACUAUGAAGCCAUCUUAUUCUGUAUCUCCUUGCUAUAGAGAUGUCCCCUGAAGAGCCCUGAGGUCCUUGUAUGACCUGUAUUUGUAAUAAAUAUGAUAAUUUUGACCACAAUUCACAAAA